UCAUUCACCCACGUGUGGUGAAGGAAGCCCGCUUACCCACGACAGGGUCUCCGACUCCCAUCUCCGUUACCCUAGGGGAUGAUAAGACCCAGCGCUUCUUCGAUCAGACGGUCACCGACCUCCCCUUCUUCCUCACUCUCGAGCCGACUGAUCGUUCCCCGGCGUCUCGUCGCCACCGCUCCUCUGCACAUUUCGAUGUGAUGGAGACGGGGUACGACUUCAUUCUCGGCACUCCGUGGUCUCGUCGGUUCCGCAGCACCGAGGCCGAUUGGGCGACCAACACUCUCGUUCUCAAAACGAAGUGUGGACAGACGUAUCGCGUACCUUUCAUAGGUACCACGGAGACACCACACCCCGAUCCUCCUCCCCUGGAGCCUUCAGUGCCCACACCAUCUCCCUUUAUCACUGUCACCUCACCUCGGCAGUUCGCUCACUUCAUUCGAGAGGACGACGUCACCUUCUUUAUGGUGGACGUGACGGAUCUCUUACACUAUGAUCCACCCUGCCCCGACGCCGAGCUCAUCCCUCUGGAGCUUGAUCCUCCCUCUAUCUCCAUGGCUCCCAUCUCUAGUUCCGUCCCUGCGCCGUCUGUCGAGUCCACCCCGCCGUCGCGCGCUGACGCUGACGCUGAGGAACUCGCACGAUAUACGGCUGACUUGGAGCCCGCAGUUUGUGACCUCAUCCGCGAGUACCAUGACGUUUUCCCAUCGUCGUUCUUGUACGCUGGCAUCCAACCGAUGCGCGACGUCGAGCACUCCAUUCAGCUCGUGCCUGGCUAUCGUGUUCACCACCAGGCACCCUGCAGACUCUCGAUACCCGAGGCCACCGAACUCAAGCGUCAGCUUGAGGAGCUCCUGAGAGUGGGUUUCAUUAAACCCCGCAACUCCCCGUGGGGUGCACCCGUCCUCUUUGCUCGCAAAGCGGAUGGAACUCUUCGUCUCUGCAUCUACUACCGCGGCCUCAACCGCUACACGGUUAAGAACAGCUACCCCAUGCCUCGUUCCGAUGAGUUGUUCGACCGCCUAGCAGGCAACCGCUUCUUUACGAAGAUUGACCUUCGUAGCGGUUACCAUCAGAUCCGCGUUGCUGCAGCCGACCAGCCGAAGACCGCGUUCCGAUCGCGAAUCAGCCACUACAAGUUCACGGUGAUGCCGUUCGGCCUCACCAACGCACCCGCUACCUUCCAGAGGGCGAUGAACGACAUCUUUAGGGACAUCCUGGAGCAGUACGUUCUCGUCUACCUCGACGAUAUCUUGGUCUAUAGUCGUACCCUUGAGGAGCAUCUCAGACACCUCCGCGACGUCCUUGAUCGCUUGCGCAAACAUGGCUUCUACGCCAAGCUAAGCAAGUGCCGCUUUGCCCAGCACAAAGUGGAUUUCUUAGGACACUACGUGUCUGACCAGGGUCUCCACAUGGACGACGCGAAGAUCACUGCUAUUGCGGAGUGGCCCGCUCCCACAUCCGCCAAGCAGCUUCGCAGCCUCCUAGGCCUGACCAGCUACUAUAGUAACUUCAUCCGGGGAUACGCUAGGUAUUCCUACCUACGUGUCCGAGCAGUAGCAGAGUUCCAUGACCAGACAGCUGCCGGUAAUAUAGGCUUCCACAGGACGUUGGCUCGUGUGAGCCGCCUGUACGUCUGGCUGAAGCGCAAGGACUUUGUGAAGGACUACGUCGCAGAGUGUCCCACCUGCCAGGAGGUGAACAGUGCGAACCACCUACCUUAUGGUUUACUCCAGCCUCUUCCUAUCCCUGAGGGUCGUUGGCAGUCCAUCUCGAUGGACUUUAUCAGUCCUCUUCGACCUCCGACCCCCCGCGGUCAUGAUGCUAUCCUGGUCGUCGUCGACCGCUUCACGAAGCGUGCACGCUUUGUUCCGUGCCGCUAUGCCAUCAGUGCACGUGAGGUCACCGACAUCGUAUUUGACCGNGCAGUAGCAGAGUUCCAUGACCAGGCAGUCGCCGGUCAUAUGGGCUUCCACAAGACGUUGGCUCGUGUGAGCCGCCUGUACGUCUGGCCGAAGCGCAAGGACUUUGUGAAGGACUACGUCGCAGAGUGUCCCACCUGUCAUGAGGUGAACAGUGCGAACCACCUACCUUAUGGUUUGCUCCAGCCUCUUCCUAUCCCUGAGGGUCGUUGGCAGUCCAUCUCGAUGGACUUUAUCGGUCCUCUUCGACCUCCGACCCCCCGCGGUUAUGAUGCUAUCUUGGUCGUCGUCGAGCGCUUCACAAAGUGUGCACGCUUUGUUCCGUGCCGCUAUGCCAUCAGUGCACGUGAGGUCGCCGACAUCGUAUUUGACCGAGUCGUGCGUGACCACGGCUUACCUCUGAGCAUCAUAUCUGACCGUGACCCGCGCUUUACCAGCCGAUUCUGGCGACAGCUCCACGAGGUGUACGGCACUCAGCUCCGCUUCUCCUCGUCUUACCAUCCUCAGACUGAUGGUCACACCGAGAUCAUGAACAGGACUCUCGGAGAUAUUCUCCGAAAGAUUGUUCGUGACGACCAGCAGUGGGACCUCCAUCUUGCCCACGCGGAGAUAGCCUACAACCACGCCGUCUCGCCAGCCACGGGGAUGUUGCCUUACUAUUGCGACCUCGGCUAUCACCCUCGUGUUCGUGUGGACUUCCUUCGACCAUCACAAAUGCACCCCGACACGAACUGUCCCGCACUGGAUGAUUGGGUUGCACACAUGACAUCGAUCAUGAAGACCACGCAUGAGCACAUAGCCGCUUCCCAGACUCGCAUGGCAGUACGUGCGAACCGAUCGAGGAUGGACCACCCAUUCAAAGUCGGUCAUGACUUGUUUAUCGAUGCCCGCCACGUACAGCUCGAAGCGGACACGCUUCGCAAGUUUAGGCGUCGCUUCUUUGGCCCAUGCCGCAUCCUCAAGGCCGUAAGUUGUGACACGUCAUCUAGCCCGGUCAGCUUCCGUGUGAAGCUGCCCGACUACCUACGCCAGGCUCGUGUGCACGAUGUUUACCAUGUCUCGUUACUGCGUCCUUACCACAGACCGUCUGAGCGUUUCGCUGGACGCCUAUACGAGCGCCCUCCACCCAUCAUGGUGGAUGGCCACGAGGAGUUCCUCGUUUCAGACAUCAUUGGUCGCCGAGUCACCGACGACAACCCUCCCCACGUCGAGUUUCUCGUACGUUGGAAGGGUUACCCUGAUGAGGAGGCUACCUGGAAGCCCCUCGAGCACUUGCAGCACGCUCUCAUGUUGGUGCGUGCCUAUGACCGUGCUCGUCGUGCUGGGUUCACUGCUCCUCCUCAGCCCGCUGACCCUCCUCCUUCUCCCCCGGCUGAGGAGACCGCUGAAGUCGAGCCUGCUCCAUCUGAGGCAGACCUUCAGCAACAGCCGGAUGCUUCUGAGCGUCCACAGCGCACUCGUCGUCGUCCUGCUCGAUACGACGAUUGACUCUGACUUACCUUCCCAUGUCCUUGACUUCUCAGUACUCCAUCCACUCCAGGCUUGCUACUUCAGCUCGUCGACGUUACGACUCUUCCUCGAC